AAAUUUUGUCUUUACAAGGAGAUAUUCGUUCAUUUAAAACAGGUUUAAAAGCUAAUUUAAAAGAUUUUAUAGAUCUUCAAGAUCAAGAAAAUGUUCCAAGUGAAUUAAGAUUUUUUGAAGGUUUUAAUCUUAAUAAAUUUUUGCUUAUUGAAGAAGAUAAAUCUUGGUGGGAUUGGAAUGCUUUUGCCGUUGCAAUGAUAGGACUUGUUCAAGUCAUUGCCGAAGCUGUUUUAGUAACCUUUGAAGAAAAUUUAUUAAAAGAAAUAAUCGGUUUAAUAAAUAAUAAAGUAGAAACUGUUUAUCUUCAAAAAAAAACAUUAGGAAAAUAUAUUUUAUUACCUCAACAAUUUGAUAAUAUUCGAACACGAGUUGUAUCUUCUUUAAGAAAUAGUUAUCAUCUAUUUGCUGAUGGUCUAAAGAAAUCAAAUUCAAAAUACGUUAAAAUAGCUGCUACUACUCUUAAAGCAAUAGAUAUCAUUAAUAAGUUGUGGACUGUAGUUCAAUCUGUCUUACAGUUCGAAAAAUGUCUUUAA